UCGGACAACCCCCCAACAAGUCAUCGGACCUGUCAAUCAUCCGGUCGGCGCUUUGAUGUCGGGACUCCUCGCCUUGUCUUGGGCUCAAAUGAGCUGUUUGCUGCUGUAGGGAAACAGACGUCCUGCACCGAGCCGCCAGUCGGGGGACACGCGUUCAACUUUUUCCUGCAUGUCGAGGGGCUUUCUGCACUUUGGAGGAGCCCCAGACUGAGGACGUUUACCGGCAAACUUCUUUCUACUUGCUGUCCGCCGUGUCAUUUUAGUUUUUGCCUGUUUACCAGCGCAGGGGAAGUAGUCAUGCCUCAGCUGAGCAGCGGCGGCGGGGACGACCUGGGAGCGAACGACGAGAUGAUCGCGUUCAAAGACGAGGGGGAGCAAGAGGAGAAAAUCCCGGAGAACGCGUUCACGGAGCGGGACCUCGCCGACCUCAAGUCCUCUCUGGUCAACGAGUCGGAAAUAAAUCAGAGUCCCAGCGCAGCGGCGGUCAGACGGGGACAGCAGGGCGAGCAGCGCGGCUACGCCGAGAAGCACCGGGAGCAUCUGGACGGAGUGUCGAAGCAGCAGGAUGGAGGCAUGUACAAGGCGGCGGGCUACCCCACGUACCCGUUCCUGAUGCUGCCCGACGCCUACCUGCCCAACAGCUCCGUGUCGCCAUCGUCCAACAAAGUGUCAGUGGUGCAGCAGUCUCACGGGAUGCACCCGCUGACGUCGCUCCUGCCCUACAGCAACGAGCACUUCAGCCCCAGCCCUCCACACCUGCCCCUCGACAUAGACAUGAGCCAGAAGACAGGCGUUCACAGACACCAGUCCCAGGACCUCUCAGGCUACUACUCCCUCUCUUCAGGCGGCGUGGGUCAGAUCGCUCCCUCCAUGAGCUGGCAGAGCCAGUCGGUCUAUCCCGGCCUGUCCCCCUGUGGAUUCAGGCAGACCUACUCCUCCAACCUCCCCGGCGCCUCCUCCUACUCCAGGUUCCCCCACUCCCUGAUGCUGGGCCCUUCAGGCAUGCAUCCCACAGGGAUCCCCCACCCAGCCAUAGUGCCCCCUACAGGCAAGCAGGAGCAUGAGCAGUACGACAGGGGCAUGUACGUGAAGCCACAGGUGGAGGCCAAACGGGAGAAGGAGCCCAAGAAGCCGGUGAUCAAGAAGCCUCUUAACGCCUUCAUGCUCUACAUGAAGGAGAUGAGGGCAAAGGUCAUCGCAGAGUGCACGUUAAAGGAGAGCGCCGCCAUCAACCAGAUUCUGGGCCGCAGGUGGCACGCGCUCAGUCGGGAGGAACAGGCCAAAUACUACGAGCUGGCCAGGAAGGAGCGACAACUCCACAUGCAGCUGUACCCCACCUGGUCUGCCAGAGACAACUACGAGGCGGGCCUUAGCGGGGUCGCAGGGGAAAAGAGUAAAGCUGAUUGGGGCAAGAAGAAGAGGCGAAAACGGGAGAAGCAGCAGGACUCCAGCGCAGACCCGGGUUCUCCUAAGAAAUGCCGGGCUCGCUUCGGCCUCAACCAACAAACGGACUGGUGCGGUCCCUGCAGGAGGAAAAAGAAGUGCAUUCGCUACCUUCAAGGAGGAGGCUGCUCCAGCCCAGCUUCUUCAGAUUUAAGUGCUAUAGACUCUCCCCCCUCCCCCUCCCCCUCCCCCUCCCGCCACCGCCUCCACCCCCAGCUCCAGCGCCCCGCAUCCCCGGGCUGCUCCCCUCCACCCGCCUCCCCAUCGGCACACUUCGCCCUGUCUCCGCCCGCACGCGCUCACACACGCUUAGCGCACGGCGACCCGCGUCAGCCUCCCACCAAACACAGCCUCGUCGGCCUGGAACUGUCCGGCAAGCGGGCGUUCGGCUCCACGGCGCCGCUGUCGGCCGCCAAGGCUGCAGGACUUUCUCUCAAAGUGCUAACAGAGACUUAGCGGCCUGACGCUGGUCACCUCCGCUUCCUCCAUGAAGACACCAUGCUCACGUCAUCUCCACAGUCAUCCACAGUGCAGCCAAGAAAAUGACCGACUCUCCUGCAGUCUCUAAAACCUGAGCUCCAGAGGCUGCACUUCUUCACCAAAUGCAUCAUUUACAAUGAGCCUGACUCAGUCUAAAUGCUCUGCAAGAGCUACACAAACAUCUCGUGUGUGUGUGCCUCAGGCAUCAGCUAAUAAAGUUAAGUUAAAAUUAAACCCAGCAUCAGGUUGCUUAGAGACAGAAAAUGAAUCAAGUUAAACAGUUGUUGAUUCCGUACCUUUGCAGCACUGGUGACGCCAUAAAGAUGUGCUUUUAAAACGUAUUGACGCUUUGAACCCGUCCUGGCGUGAGGACGCGUUGGUGCUGUAACCUUUAACAGCUGACCUUGUGCUUUGACCUCCACGACAAUCAGAAACCGUUCUGCAACCGAGCCACGGCCUCCGGCAGAAUGAGCAGCAGAGAUCCGUGAGCAGCAGAACCUCAGAACCGCUCCUAAAGCUGCCGCUUUGUUAGGUUUAAAAUCAGUUUCAUUUCAUUUCCAGACGUUUUCAAUAAAUGCUGCGCAGCUUCUCUGACAGAUUAACAGCAGGUGAAAGAAGACCACUUCUUCCUGAUGAUCGUUCUUAUAAGGCACUUUCCGGCUGUUUGUAUCUCGCUUUAUCCACCAUUUCAUUUUUAUCCUGAUGUCUCCUUUUUUGGUAUUUUUGUAUAAAUAAGUGGUUUUAUAAAGGUCAGAUGUUUUGCUAGUGUGGACGUUUUCUUUAUUUUAAUCCGUUGACUAUUUUCCUUUGAACAUUUUGCAGCUUCAUGAACUAAUCUGAGACCAAAUGGGUACUAUUAUAUUGCAUUGUGUUGUAAAGUUUUAUAAAUGUUGGAAUUCCCUAUUAUAAUUAAACUUUUAUAUGUUUUUAUGUAAAAAAAGAAAAGGUAAAUAACAAAAAAACGUUUCCUUUCUACCGUUUCUAAAGGCGAUACAUUGUGUUUCUACUCUUCUUUCUUUCGGUCGUGUUGCUGCAGCGGCGUUCAGCUGACAUGUUCUCAAUGCGUGCAUGUGCCAACUUUAUUGUAACAACACAUUUGAAUGAAAGUGCUUCGACUUCCUGUGCUGCUUCCAGCACUGUGGACAAACUGUAGGCCGAGUUCUCCCCAGCAGAGAGCGCUCGUGUGCUAGAGAUGGUUUGUUUUAAUUCCAGGACGUUCAUGUCAGUAGUGGAAACACCCCAAGUAUGUCUUUUGUAUUUUUAAUGCCUCAAAAGCCUCUGAUGUAUUACUUGUAUGGAUUGAUGUAUUAAAAGUGUUUUGAAUA